AUGCUCCCUCCUCAAACAAUACCUCUCCCUCCUCCACUAGACGCCCCGGUGGAAUCCGGAGCGCAGGGGGACUCGGUGGGCCAGUCCUUAGCAAGACCGGGAGUGGAGAGGAGCAGCCAGAGACCCGGAGGCAGCGCAAGGCGCACUGCAAGUGCAGGGGACGCGCUAGCCUGCCUCGGCUGCCGCGCCCUUGACCUCUAGUUUCAGCUGGGAACCUGGGUGGAGGAAUAAUUGAGGAACCUACGGGACUAACUAGCAACCGGGGGACAAGACAGUGGUCUCUUCCGCGGUCCUUCCUCCUCUCCCUCGUCCGUUCCAUGCCCACAGAGCUGCGCUCCGGAGCCCGGGCGAGGAGAGACAUGGAGAAGACCAGCGCUCAGUGCGCCCCGCCGCCUGCGGGCUCCCAGACUGGGGUUUCUCAAACCAACCUCUCCGCUGCUCCCUCCCACAACUGCAGCGCCCAGACCUACGUUUACCAGGACUCCAUUGCCCUGCCCUGGAAAGUACUACUGGUCGUGCUGCUGGCGCUCAUCACCUUGGCCACCACUCUCUCCAACGCGUUUGUGAUUGCCACUGUGUACCGGACACGGAAGCUACACACCCCGGCCAACUACCUGAUCGCCUCCCUGGCGGUCACCGACCUGCUCGUAUCCAUCCUGGUGAUGCCCAUCAGCACCAUGUAUACGGUCACCGGCCGCUGGACCUUGGGCCAGGUGGUCUGCGACUUCUGGCUCUCGUCGGACAUCACCUGUUGCACUGCUUCCAUCCUGCACCUCUGUGUCAUCGCCCUGGACCGCUACUGGGCCAUAACGGACGCCGUUGAGUACUCAGCUAAAAGGACUCCCAUGAGGGCGGCGGUCAUGAUCGUUCUGGUGUGGGUUUUCUCCAUCUCCAUCUCGCUACCACCUUUCUUCUGGCGGCAGGCCAAAGCCGAAGAGGAAGUGUCGGCCUGCGUGGUGAAUACCGACCACAUCCUCUACACAGUGUACUCCACGGUGGGCGCUUUCUACUUCCCCACCUUGCUCCUCAUCGCCCUCUAUGGCCGCAUCUACGUGGAAGCCCGCUCUCGGAUUUUGAAACAGACUCCCAACAGGACCGGCAAGCGUUUGACCCGAGCCCAGCUUAUAACGGACUCUCCUGGGUCCACGUCUUCUGUGACCUCCAUUAACUCGCGGGCUCCUGACGUGCCCAGCGAAUCAGGGUCUCCUGUGUACGUGAACCAAGUCAAAGUGCGAGUCUCUGAUGCCCUGCUGGAGAAGAAGAAACUCAUGGCCGCUAGGGAGCGCAAAGCCACCAAGACCCUGGGCAUCAUUUUGGGAGCUUUUAUUGUGUGUUGGCUGCCCUUCUUCAUCAUCUCCCUAGUGCUGCCUAUCUGCAAAGAGGCAUGCUGGUUCCACCUGGCCAUCUUUGACUUCUUCACGUGGCUGGGCUAUCUCAACUCCCUCAUUAACCCCAUUAUCUAUACCAUGUCCAAUGAGGACUUCAAACAAGCGUUCCAUAAACUGAUACGCUUUAAAUGCACAAGUUGACUUGUCAUUUGCAUUGGGGUCGCCUAAGUGGCCUUUGGGGACCAUGUUGUGUCUGGUUCCACAGGUAGGUCGACUCUUCUUUCACUGUUACUGGGUCAGAAGGAGGCACUCUCUUCUGGGCAAGGGCAGUGGAUCCUGAGAAGCCAGGACGGCUCUGAGGGAGAGCGAGGGAGAGAGAUCUGAAAGGAGAACUGUUCAAACUAAAGAUAGAGCUUCCCUGCUGAGGAGGCUCCUUUCUUCCCUCAAACCCCAGGUUCAGCACUAACCUUGUGGCAGCCAAUCACAAGGGGGGUUUGCAACUUGUUAAAAAUCAGUGCUGGAAAGAUGAUCCCUGCCCUGCUUUGGUGUCAUGGAUGAUGCCCUCUAGAACCAGUGAUACAUGUAGUUGUGGUCUGAACCCUGUCUGAGACAGGUACCUACAGCCUGGCAGUACUUGAACUAGACACUUGAUACCCUAUGUUUUGGGGAGAACUUUGUGUUACAGCUUCUUUUAGAACAGUUACUUUGACAUCCUUCAGUCUUCAGUUUUUGUUUAUUUAACCUUGGUCGGAGAAACUUGUGGAUUUGGUGCUUCAAACCCUAUGUGUGGCUUGGAGGACACAGAGAAACGGUGAAGAGUUAACAACAAAAUUCUGAUGUUAAGAUCUCUAUUUUUAUUAUAAUGGAAACUAUAUAGGGUGGGAGGGAAUGGGAGAUGGGGAGCGAGCAUUAAACAGAAAGCCAACACCUAUGAUUGUUUGUUUUCUGCAGAUUUGCGAUUUUUUAAAUUCCUAGUGAUUGUCAAACCACAUUUCGAACAACUCAAACAAAACAUUAUGUGUGCUAGUGCCAAAUCUGCAGAUUGCUUUAUUUUUUCUCUUAAUUUCAUGUAUCUGUCAUUUUACACAUUUAAAUCCCCAUAAAUGGAGGUUAUGAUGGGUGACUCAGCCCAAGCUGCUCUAUUUCUUAUUAAUGCAAUCGAUUAAACUGAUGAUAUUAGAUAUAUACUGCUCCUUAACAAGAAAUAUAUCUUUAUUCCUUAUCCAAUUCAGUGAGAGAUAAAGGAGACCAAUGAAUAGGAAUGGUUCUUAUACAAUUAAGGAAUGAGGGGCAAUAGGAGGAUGUAUAUUUUGACUUGUAAAAAAUCUUAAAUGCAUGAGACUUUUUUCUGAUAGUCAUUUGCACUCUCCUUCCCAUCUGUAAUUCCUUUGUGUGCGAACAUAUAAAGUAACAAAGAGAACCAGCUCCUUUCUCUAGAAAUCUUCAAAGUGCAGUAAGUACCUUAAAAACUAUAUUAAAGAAAAAAAAAAUACUUGUU